GAUAUAUUUAUCAAUACACUUAUUUACCUUCCUGUUGGGCGGAUUAUAAAAAGCAAAAUAAUACAGUCACAUAGUUUACCAUUAUUAGUGGGUGAUAUUUAAGUACCAUUUCCCAUGGCAACAUCAAAACCGUCCUGUGGUGCUUGUGAUCGCCAGAAUAUUACCAAAUCACCAAUAGUAUGGUGUACAGAUUGUGACGAAGGACUUUGCUCGGAAUGUCAAAAACACCAUCGUGUUUCGAAGCCAUCUCAAAACCAUAAUACCCUGCCGAUAACCGAGUUUCAUGAAUUACCAAAAGAUGUUCAACAGAUCACCCAAAACUGUGACAAACAUAAUGAGAAGUACACAAUUUACUGUAAAAAGCAUAAAUGUCCCUGCUGUGGUAAUUGUGUCGUAGAAGAUCACAUCGAUUGCCGAGACUUUUCCAGACUAACAGACAUUAUCGACAAAACAAAAACGUCAGAGGCUUUAAUUGAGAUUGAACAGUCGUUAGCAGAUCUGGCAGAAAAUAUACAAAGAAUUCGACACAAUCGAGAGAACAACUUGAAAACGUUAUCCGAGAAAAAGAGUUAUAUUGAAAAAGAAAUCAAAGAGACACGGGUCACCAUCAACAAUCAUCUGGACAAAAUGCAAGAUGCUGUACUGAAAACGUUAAAUACAUCUGAAGAAAAGGAAAGACGUGAAAUUAGCCUGUCACUUACCCUAUUAGAUGGGAAGGGAGCAGAAAUAUCUGAAUACCAGAAAAAAAUAGUCAAGAUCAAACAACAUGCAACAGAUCUACAGACAUUUUUGUCAUUGAAGCAAUUAGAAAACAAAGUUUCUUGCGAAAACGAAUUCCUGCAAUCAUUGGUCGACACAGACAGCUUAAAAGAAAGUGUAUUAUCGUAUAAUGUCCAUAAUUUCAUACACAAAUUCCUUACGGAUAUCAGGAAAUUUGGAGACAUAACGAUUGAGAAGAAAUCCUGUGAUGUUAUUCUUACAAGGAGAAAAGAUAAACAAGCCCAAAUGUUGGUACCGCACGUCUCAAAUAGGUCAGUUAAGCAUAUCAAUCUAAAGCUAUAUAAAACUGUUAAUACCAUAAAUUAUAAUGCCAGUGGUUGUUGCAUGUUACCAGAUGGCAAUAUGGCGUUUACAUACUAUGGUUCAAGCAAACUCAACAUAUUCAGCACUGACGGCUCACACGAUUUUUGCAUGUGGUUGCGAACAAAUGCAUUUGACAUAGCGUACAUUAGUGAAGACAACACAUUGGCUGUAACAUCAGGAGAGUCGAAGAGAAAAUGCCUCACAAUCAUCGACAUUCAAAACAAACUACUUAAGGAGGACAUAGCAGUUACUAAUUAUUGUUAUGGCAUAGCAGUGAAGGACACACAAUUAAUUUGUUCUGCAUCUGGAAAAGGAAUACAAUUGAUCGAUCCGUACAACAACUCAACAAGAGAAAUAGUCCGCGACACACUACCCAAAUUCUGUUACGUUACACGUUUUGGUGACAAAAUUUACCAUACAAAUAGCACAACAAACUCCAUAACUUGUUAUGAUCUACACGGUUCAGUACAAUGGACAUUUAAAAACGUAAGCGUCCUGAAUGGUGCACGUGGUAUCACAGUAGAUAAUGUAGGUAACGUGUACGUAGCAGGGACUACAUCUAACAAUGUGGUAGUUAUAUCUGCUGAUGGACAACAACACAAAGAAAUACUUACAGCCAGUGAUGGUCUUUCAGGUCCCAAUGCUCUUGAUUAUUGUAAAAGUACAGAUAUGUUACUAGUUGCAAAUUGUAGAAAUAGUGCAAUGCUUUUUGCUUUUGUUUGAAUAAAGAAAAGCUCACAUGGGAUAAAACUAAGAAAA